GACCCCUGGAGGAGGCAGGAGUGGCAGCGGCAGCUCCCCUGGCGCUGGGGGCACUGGCGGCAUCAGCGGGUCCCGUAGGGACGGAGAGGGGGGCAGAGGUAUCUUCCUCCCUGUUGGCAGCAGUGGAGGCAGCAGCAGCUCCCCUGGCUGCAGAGGCAGGAGCAACAGCAGUGGUCCUCAUGGAGUUGGAGGCAGAGGCGGCAUCAGUGGUUCCCGUGGAGGUGGAGGCAUCUCCCUUGGCAGUAUCAGCAGUUCCCUUGGAAGUGAUGAAAGAGGCAGAGGCAGGCACAUCUCCAGAGGCAUCUCCCUCUGUGUUGAUAGCAGCAGAGGCAGGAGUGGCAGCAGCAGCUCCCCUGGCGGCAGAGGCAGGAGUAACAGCAGUGGUCCCCAUGGAGGUGGAGGCAGAGGCAGCAUCAGCGGUUCCCGUGGAAGUGGAGGCAUCUUCCUUGGCAGUAUCAGCAGUUCCCUUGGAAGUAGAGAAAGAGGCAGAGGCAGGCACAUCUCCAGAGGCAUCUCCCUCUGUGUUGGUAGCAGCAGAGGUAGCAGUGGGACCGCUGGUGGCAGCAGAGGAGGCAGGAGUGGCAGCAGCAGCUCCCCUGGCGGCAGAGGCAGGAGCAACAGCAGUGGUCCCCAUGGAGGUGGAGGCAGAGGCAGCAUCAGCGGUUCCCGUGGAAGUGGAGGCAUCUUCCUUGGCAGUAUCAGCAGUUCCCUUGGAAGUAGAGAAAGAGGCAGAGGCAGGCACAUCUCCAGAGGCAUCUCCCUCUGUGUUGGUAGCAGCAGAGGCAGCAGCAGGACCCCUGGUGGCAGCAGAGGAAGCAGGAGUGGCGGCAGCAGCUCUCCUGGCGGCACAGACAGGAGCAGUAGCAGUGGUUCCCAUGGAGGUGGAGGCAAAGGUGGCUUCUCUGCCAGCGGCAGUGGAGGCAGCAGCAAGCCACAGUGGGCUGGGUGCAGAGUGUGGCCCAGGCAGUACUGUACAGCCAGCACACAGCCGUGGGAAGCUGUCCCUGCAGAGAUGUGAAAGCUGUGGGGGAGAGGAAGCAAAGUACAGGUGUCCUCGUUGCUUGAAGUACUCUUGCAGUUUGCCCUGUGUAAAGAAACACAAAGUUGCAUUGAAUUGUAAUGGAGUAAGGGAGAAGACGGCAUUUGUCUCUGUAAAUGAAUUUAGUGAUUUGAACCUUCUAAGUGAUUAUCGUUUCCUGGAAGACGUAGGAAGGCUGGCUGACUGUGCUGCUCGAGAUGUGUCUUUGCAUAGACGCACAGCUAACAAAAGUAUAAAUGUAUUGAAACGCCGAGCUCGGAAGUACAACAUCCACUUGAAAACAUUACCUAUUGGAUUUUCAAAAAGGAGAGAAAAUACAACCUUCUUCAAUAUUAGGGAACAGAAAUUUUACUGGCACCUGAAACUUGUGUUUCCCCACUGUCAUGCUGAAUACACAAUACAAAGGGUGCCAGAUGAUAAAAUGCUAGGUGAAAUCCUUAAGCAUUAUGUUGAUCCAGUAGAGUCUGAUCCUGUAAUUCGUCAAAGAUUAAAAAUUUACACAAUGUCUCCUGAGUCGGAUGUACAAAUUUUAAUGAAAGUAGAAAACAGGCAACAUAACUCUGUCAGGUACAAUCAGCUGGAUACCAGUAAAAGCCUUCUAGACAAUUUGAAAGACAAAGUAAUAAUUGAGUACCCAACGUUACUCGUGGUUUUGAAAAAAUUCAGGAAUGGCAUGGUGGUUCUUGGCCAAGAUGCCAGUGACUCCAGUGAAGACUCGGACAGUGAAAGUUCAUCCCUCUCCUCUCUGGAAGAGGGGGAAAUACGGGAUUGUUCCUGAAAGAUGUGCUUUGACAAAAGGGGUGGAGUCAGUCAACCUAUUAUUUGUAUUCUUAUAUCAUUAAAUCCAUUUUUUUUACAGAGUUUA